AUGGGUCUCUGGUCUCAUCGCAGUUCCUCCUCUGCAGCCUCUGUUGCUUUACUGCUGUUGGUCUGUCUUCUCCAGCAGACCAAUGCGAAUGAUGAUGGGCAACUAAUCAGCAACAGAUUAAAAGGGGCGAAUGGCUGCAAUUACUUCCAAGGCAGUUGGGUUUACGAUGAUUCCUACCCGCUCAACAAUUCGUCGCAGUGUCCUUUCCUCGAGCAUGAGUUCACCUGCCAGAAGAACGGCCGGCCGGAUCACAUGUAUCUCAACUAUAGAUGGAACCCCACUGUUUGUCACUUGCUAAGGUUCAACGGUGAGGAUUUCUUAAGGAGAUUGAGAGGGAAAAGCAUCAUGUUCGUAGGGGACUCGCUCAGCCGGAACCAGUGGGAAUCACUGACGUGCUUGCUCCACACUGCAGUCCCACACGCCAACUACACACUCCAGCGACAAGACGCCCUCUCCAACUUCACUUUUCCGGAGUAUGGAGUUUCAGUGAUGCUGUACCGCAAUGUGUAUCUGGUAGACAUUGUAAAAGAGAAGAUUGGCCGAGUUCUGAAACUCGACUCGAUUGAGGGAGGCAAGACAUGGAAAGGCAUGGAUAUGUUGAUCUUCAAUACAUGGCAUUGGUGGAACCGCAGGGGCAGCAUGCAGCCAUGGGACUUCAUUGAAGUAGGGAACAAGAUUUACAGAGACAUGGAUCGUAUGCUUGCUUUUGAGAAAGCACUUCUCACUUGGGGUGGAUGGGUCGAUUCCAGCAUUGAUCCACUGAAGACGAGAGUCUUCUUUCAGGGAAUUUCUCCAUCCCAUUACAAAGGCACCGAGUGGAAUGAGCCGAAUAAGAACUGCCUUGGACAGACGCAGCCUGUGAAUGGGUCUACAAACCCAGGACCAGGAGCUUCACCUCCGGCCUUAUAUGUGCUCAAGAAUGUGUUGAGGAAAAUCUCCAAACCUGUCAAUCUGCUUGACAUUACUGGCCUUUCGCAGCUGAGGAAGGAUGGCCACCCAUCUAUCUAUGGCUUUUCUGGGAAAGAGGGAAUGGACUGCAGCCACUGGUGUCUGCCUGGUGUUCCUGAUACUUGGAACCAACUUCUAUAUAAUGCUCUUAUACAUUGA